UUUGAUUGGUAUGCAUAUGGAAUAGAUAAUGGAUGACCUAUAGCUAUUCUACAUAUUUUGAAUCGAGAUUUUAAGAAAUUAUUUUUCUUCAGUAAACAUUAAAUAGAUGAUGAAAAAAUUACUUAGUCAAAAACACUACCAUGUUCCAUGCCUAGUAUUGUGCAAGUUCUUUGGACAACAAUUAUUUACGUCUCCAUAAGUAAAUCAACUUUUUUUCGUGUUCGGAAUAUUAUUGUUUCUUACACAAGAAAGAAAGAAAGCUAACGUCUGGUUCAAGAAAUAUGUCGAAGACACCAGAGAAACAAGAACUGCCACUAGAAACGAGUCCGUACACAAAGUACGAGGAUAUAGAAGAUUACAAGAAGAAUGCUUAUGGAACUUCCGGUCACCAAGAGGUUAAGCCUGGCCAAGGCGGCGGGGCAACCGACGCACCGACCCUCUCUGGCAGUGCUCCUCCAUCCGCUAUAGAUUCAGCUAACCAACAAGCUAAGAAGUGAAUCACUCAGUUAUUACAAAACAAAACAAAACAAACAUGUUUCUAAUUGCUUCUGUUUUAAUUACUAUCCAAUGUGAUUUAUUUGACGCCUUGUGAAAGCUGACUUGUUUUUUUUCUCCUAAUCCAUUGGUAUGAUCCAAUCUCAUCAAUAAAUAAAUGUAAAAAUUUGGCAUCAGGUGACAAAUUAAACGCAAAAAUAUGGUUACCUAAGACCGUGAUUAACCCCAGUCUCUUAACUGAGGUUCUUAACUUCGGCUAAGAGACGGUUCUUAGUUUUUCUUAGAUUUUAACUAAGUAAAACUAAGAACCGUCUCUUAAAUAAGAGAUAUAAGAGCAGUCUCUUAGCCGAAAAGUGUAAAAAAAAAAAAAAUUUCAAAUCAUGAGUUAAGAACUCCGGUCUCAUGCCCUUAAAGUAGGGUUCUUAGCGGAAUAUUAGAACAUGUCUCUUAACUUUUAACUAAAAAAGCUAAGAACCGGCUCUUAAAUAAGAGUUUUAAGAGACGGUUCUUAGGUUUUUUAGUUAAAAGUUAGAAGACGGGUUCUUAUAUUCCGCUAAGAACCUCAUCAUAAGAACCUCCCAAUAAUCAUGCUUUUCCAGACUUCUAUGUGAUUACUAGUAUAUAAAUAUGGUUGAUCAUUUUAAAUAGUUUCCCCCUACGCUUCAAACUUAAAAAUCUGCAUGGCUAGUUAUCUUAAUCAAAACAUGACCAUCGAAAAUUAAUCUGUCCCACUAGUUUGGAAACUGAAAGCAGUGUUUCUUCUUUCUUUAAAGUUUCAAUAACCUUAAGAAAAAUGGAACCACGAACAUUCAUAAAGUUGCAUUGAGUUAUAAUAAACUGAACUAAUAAAUUGUGAACAUGUAAGAUUGAUACUCCAUAUUUUAUAUCUCCAUUUUAUCAAAACCACG